AUGGUUCCGGUUGUAACCGAGUCUUCUCUUCUCCUUCUCACACCUAUCACUAUAAGAAAAACCAACUUCGACACUAGAGUGAAGCCAUGGAGGACGAGAGCAUAUCUUCCUAAUGAAGAGCUUUUGGUGCGUGAGGUGACGAAGGCGAGUGAAGAAUGGGGAGUUUUUCAGGUGGUUAACCACGGUAUUCCCGAGGAGCUGAUGCGGCAGCUGCAAGUGGUUGGGAAGCAGUUUUUCGACCUCCCGGAGGCAGAAAAGGAAGCCGUGGCGAAAGAGGAAGACUUUGAAGGGUACAAGAGGAACUAUCUAGAAGGUAUCAAGGCUUGGGACGAACAUCUGUUUCAUAGACUCUCCCCACCCUCUAUCAUCAAUUAUAAAUAUUGGCCAAAGAAUCCUCCCCAAUACAGGGAGGUGAAUGAGGAGUACACAAGGCAUAUGAAGAAGCUAACAGAGAAGAUUCUUGGUUGGUUAUCAGAGGGAUUAGGGUUACAUCGUGUUGCGUUGACGCAAAGUUUAGGUGGCGAAAUGGCAGAGUAUGUGAUUAGGGUCAAUUACUAUCCGCCGUCUCCAAAAUCGGAAUUGGCCUUAGGAGCGGCGGUGCAUACCGAUAUAGGUGCAAUCACACUUCUCGUCCCCAGUGAGGUUCCUGGACUUCAAGUCUUCAAGGAUGAACAAUGGUUGGACGUCAAGUAUAUCAACUCAGCUGUGGUUGUUAUCAUCGGCGAUCAACUCAUGAGGAUGAGCAAUGGGAGGUACAAGAACGUGGUUCACAGAGCAACGUUCGAUAAGGAGAAUUUGAGGAUUUCGUGGCCGGUUUUUGUUGCGCCUAGGGGUGAUUUGUUGGUCGGACCUUUUCCGGAGCUUACCGGAGAGGAGAAUCCUCCAAAAUUCGAGAGUGUAGUUUAUAAAGACUAUUUGCACCAGACCAUUAAAAGCUGGACGCUCGAUAAACUUCCUCUCUACUGAAAAUCCUAGAAUUCCAAAAACAAAAAACUUCCUCAAUAAAUUAUGAUGAACUGUUCCAGUGAUUCGUAUCUAAUUUUUAUUUUAUUUUUAGUGUUUUGGUUCGUUUUCGAGUUGUACGUUCAAAUGAUUAUUGUUUUUUCUUCUUAGGGAGUUUCUAUAUAUAUAUAUAUGGUUUACAUAAUAAAAUAAUUACGUGUGUUUAGGUAUUUAUAAAUGCGUAUUCUUUAA